AUGCAUAGAACAUAUUCAUUGAGAGAACAACGUGCCCCCACGGCUGCUCAAUUGCAAGCUCCACCUCCACCAACUUCUUCUACCAAGAGUAAGUUUUUCGGUAAGGCUGGUAUUGCUUCAUCUUUCAGAAAGACAGUUGCUGGUGCAACUGGUCCUGAAUUAAGUAGAAAGUUGAGUCAAUACAUCAAGAUGGAAAAGAAUGUCAUGAGAGCCAUUGAAAUCACUGCCAGAGAAAGAAGAGAUGUUGCUAAGCAAUUGAGUUUGUGGGGUGAAAGUCAAGAUGAUGAUGUUUCUGAUGUCACCGAUAAAUUGGGAGUUUUAAUUUAUGAAAUUGGUGAAUUGGAAGAUCAAUACAUUGAUAAGUAUGAUCAAUACAGAUUGACUUUGAAGGGUGUCAGAGACAUUGAAUCUUCAGUUCAACCUUCAAGAGACAGAAAGCAAAAGAUCACCGAUGAAAUUGCUCACUUGAAGUAUAAGGACCCAGAAUCUCCAAAGAUCCACACUUUGGAACAAGAAUUGGUCAGAGCUGAAGCUGAAUCAUUGGUUGCUGAAGCCCAAUUGUCAAACAUCACCAGAGAACAAUUGAAGGCUGCUUUCAACUAUUUGUUUGAUGCUACCAGAGAAUUGGCUGAAAAGUAUGCCUUAAUUGCUGGUUACGGUAAGGCUGUUUUGGAAUUGUUGGACGAUUCUUCUGUUACUCCAGGUGAAGUUAGACCUGCUUAUGAUGGAUAUGAGGCUUCUAAGCAAAUCAUUAUUGAUUGUGAAAAUGCCUUGGCUUCUUGGACUUUGGACGGUGCUGCUGUCAAGCCAACUUUAUCCUUGCAUCACGAUUACGAGGAUGAAGAGCCUGCUGAUGAAAGCGAAAUCGCUGAUGCUGAAGAAGAGUUUGCUAAGCAUGAUGAAACCAAUGGUCCAACUGCUUGA